AUCGCCUCAAAUCGGAUAUCAUGUCUCGAGAGAGGAGCCCUACGGCUCCCGAUAUACGCUGGCUAGGAAUCAGAUCUCAGGAUCUUCUUGAGCUUGAGACCCGUCUUGAUCAAUCGGCAACGCCAUUGCCAAUUGACCUACAGCCACCGAAUAGCCAAUCAUCCCAGCAAAGCGCCAGCUCUCGAACCUCCAUCUCGCACAGGCACAGGCACAGGGUCAGGCUCAGGCGCCGCAGCCUCGGGGUACAAGCGCGCCAGCAGAAAGGGCGCGCCGCGGAGGUUCGUCUGCGACCAUGCCGGCUGCGACAAGAUCUAUUCGCGAGCCGAGCACCUGCAGCGCCAUCAGCUGAACCACAACCCAAAGGAGAUAUACCGAUGCGACGUGGGCGACUGCGACCAAAAGUUUGUGCGCCUCGACCUGCUGUCGCGCCACAAGAAGCGGCACACGGCCUCGUACACGCCUCGGAACCGAAUCCCGAGCUUCGACACCGGCGACGCCAUCAAGACGUCCGACCGCCACAGCAUCGCCUUUCAGCAUCACCAGUCGUCGUACGGCCAGCCGCCCGGGCCCGGGACGGGAGCAGCAGCAGGAGCAGGAGCAGGAACUGGAACUGGAGCAGGAAUUGGAGCAGGGACUGGAGCCAGCGGCGGGCCUCACGAUGCCGCCAUCCUGCUGACGCCCGAGUCCAACACGGCCUCUACUCCCGCGCCGCUGAACCACGGGCUGGCGAGCCGGGCGGGCCAUCAGGCGGCGACUUGGGCGCCCUCGCUCGACGACCGCUCCAACGACGUGAUGCGACACAGGAACAGCUUCUACACGACCGAUCCGACGACGCUGCCAGAUCCCUCGGGCAUGGUGGGCUUCGGCGCGGUCGGGUAUCCCUCCGACGACUCCCUGACGCAGGGCAACUUUGCCGCAUGGCUCUUCGACCCCCAGACCACGUACAAUGAGUUUAGCAUGGCCAGCCUUCCCUUCUUGGAGGGCGGCCUGGAGUCGACGUUCAACAACAACAUCCACUACGACUACGAAUCCCUCAACAGCCUGUCACCCAUGGAUCAGCCGCACCGGCUGUCCGAGGCAUCUUCCGACGACUGGAUCACCGAAUCGCGGCGCCAGGAGCUACUGCACUGGUUCCAGACGUUCCGGAAGAAGCAGCCGAGAUAUGAGCCGCUGAUGCCGAACCUGGUCCAUGAAAGCGGCGGGGACAUGCCGGCGCUGAAUCUCGACAUGAUGCGGGACUGUCUCAAGGAGUUCUGGGACAAUGUCUCGCCUCGGCUGCCCAUCAUCCACCAACACACCUUUUCUCCGAACCGAUGCCAUGUGCUGCUCCUCCUCGUCAUGCUGUCGCUCGGCGCCGCGUCGCUGCGCAGCCGUGACGUGACGGGGCAGCUCUCCGAGUAUGGCGCGUUUGCCGACGUCAUCAUCUUCUGCGUGCGAUGGGAGAUAUUGACCUCUGACGACUCGGCACCGCCCGCCAGCCUCUGGGUCUUGCAGGCCCUCCUGCUGCUGGAAUUCUACGAGAAGCUGUACUCUUCGCGAAAGUUCCACGAGAGGGCGCACAUCUACCAUCCUGCCUUCUUGACGCUGCUCAGGCGCGGCAGUCCGCUGAUUGGAAGGACCGGCAGCGAGUCGCCCCCCGAGCCGGACACCCUGGGCCCCGACCGGCAGACGCCCAACAUGGCGCUGGACUCGCGGACGUGGUGGGCUCGAUGGGCCGAGACGGAGUCGAUGCACCGCGUCGUCUUCGCGGCCUUUAUGCUCGACGUGAUCCACGCCGCCAUGUUCGGGCACGCGGCCGACAUGGCGCCUCACGAGAUCCGGCUGCCGCUGCCGUGCGACGACAACCUGUGGGCGGCCAACAGCCCGGACGUGGUGCGGCAGCUGGACGCCAACUUCCGCAUGUACGGGGUGAAGCAGGUGUCGUUCCUGGACGGGCUCAAGAGCGCGCUGCACGGCAAGGAGGUCAAGACGCACUCGUUUGGGCGCAUGAUUAUCAUCUCGGGCCUGCUGAGCGUGGGCUGGCACCUGAACCACCGCGAGACGCACCUCAAGUGGCUGGACAUACACACGCCGGCCAUGGAGACGCAGGACAGCUGGCGCAAGAUGGUGCUGCGGGCCUUUGACAACUGGAAGGCCACCUUUGACGUGGCCAUGUCCGACACCAUCUCGGACGCGCCCGGCCACCGCGGGAUCCCCAACGGGCCCAUCAACAGCGCGUCGGUGCUGUACCACCUGGCGCACAUCAGCCUGCACGCCGACAUUGUCGACUGCCAGGUCUACGCGGGGGCCAAGCGGCUGCUGGGCCGCAAGGUGUCGUCGCGCGACUACGCCAACGUCAUCAAGCGCAUGAGCGCGUGGUCCAGCCAGGCGUCGACGCGGCACGCCAUCCUGCACGCCUUUAAGCUGCUGCACCGCUACUCGGUGCGCAACGAGCCGGACCCGCACCGGCCGUGGAUCAUGUACUACGCCGUGCUGUCCAUCUGGGCCUUUGUGCAGGCGCUGGGGCGGCCGCCGGGCAAAGGGUUCCCGCUGCCGACGUCGCAGCUGGGGCACAGCAGCUACGCGCGCAUGGUCGAGUACGUGUCGAGCGUGGCGGCGCUGCCGGAGCUGGACGAGCGGGCGUCGGCGGCGCUGCACGAGGGCCUGCCCGAUCUGCUGGACGUCAUGGUGGACAUUCUCGAGGAGGCGGAUGCGGAGCUGCUGGUGGAGGCGCGGGAACGGCUCAAGGUGUGCAAGGAGAUGCUCCUGGGGGGGAUCCCACGGCCGGGGAUUUGA